ACGAUGAUAAUAAAUAAAGAAAGCCAUUAUUUUUGGAGACAGACGCACAACCGGAGGACGCUCGUUGAAGAAGAAUCUUCAGAGAGCGGAACCCAGACAUAGGCUGGUGAUUGUUGACUAAGAUUGUAUUCUUCUUUGAUAUUUCUGCCUUGCACGACUAAAGCAGUUGAUGGUCAGCAUCGAUGCCAAGGAUCAAACUAUUUUUAUCUUCAUACGAAGGCUAGUUGGCUGCUUAACCAUUGUAAUCUCUUGAUUGAUGUUGUGUAGCUUUUCCAUUGGAGAGUAAUUUUGCUCUAUCAAGCAACUGCUGCUACUAGAAGAAAGAGUUACCAUUACCAAAAGAAUUCUGUUGUCACAGCAAACAUCUGUCAGUAACAAAAAGUUUUCUGGAGGAGGUUGAUAAGCGGAUUGGGCUGAGAUGCAAACAUCUCAGAAACACCAAACUUCAGCCUGUAUCCGUAGGCUGUAUCACCAACCUGUUCAGGAAAUGGAGGCACUUUGUUUGCCUCAUAUUCAGAUAUUAGACAACAAUGUAUGCUCAGAUGUUGGGAGCCAAGGAACCAGUGUUUCCUUUCAAACCUACAAGGAUCAAUUUUUUACCCUGGAAUCAUCCACUGCAACUGCUGGUUUUGUUGUCUAUGAUUCCCCUUCUGCUGUAAGCAUCUCAUCAAGCAGGAGCCCUUUCUCCCCACAAGGUUCUCAAUCAUACCUAUCUGAUCCUCAUCAUUCCCCUGACAAUACUUAUGGAUCACCAUUCAGUGGAUCUUCUGUUGUUGAUGAUGGCAAUGAAUGGAAGCACAAGCUGAGGGAGCUGGAAAUUUCCUUGUUGGGACCUGAAUCAGAUGUCAUAGACAGCUGCAAUUGCUGCUUCAGUAGUGGAGCCCACCAAGCUGCUUCAAUGGCAAGCUUUAACUGCAAUCAACUGGUGGAAAUGAUCCCUAGACUAGACUUGAAACAGGUUCUCGUUGCCUGUGGUCAAGCACUUCAUGAGGGUGAUAUGCCAACAGUGGCAGGUUUAAUGCAUGUCUUGGAGAAAAUGGUUUCAGUGUCUGGGGAACCAAUCCAACGAUUGGGUGCUUAUGUGCUGGAAGGGCUUAGAGCAAGGUUGGAAUCCUCAGGGAGUAGUAUCUACAAAGCCCUGAAAUGCAAAGAACCAACAAGCUCAGAACUAAUGUCUUACAUGCAUAUUCUCUCCAAGGUCUGUCCGUACUGGAAGUUUGCAUACACAUCAGCUAAUGUUGUCAUCAGGGAAGUCAUGGAAUAUGAACCAAAAAUUCACAUCAUUGAUUUCCAAAUAGCGCAAGGAACCCAGUGGAUGUUCCUCAUCGCAGCUCUUGCAAAACACCCUGGUGGGCCCCCGGCUAUCCGUAUAACUGGUAUUGAUGAUUCUCAGUCAAAUCAUGCUCGAGGUGGGGGACUUAAUAUUGUGGGGCAGAGGCUAUCAGAAUUUGCUAAGACGUACAAUGUGCCAUUUGAGUUUCAUGAUGCUGCCAUGUCUGGUUGUGAGGUUCAAUUAGAGCAUCUUAAGGUUCAACCUGGGGAAGCUCUAGCUGUGAAUUUUCCAUAUGUGUUGCAUCACAUGCCAGAUGAGAGUGUAAGCACCUGGAAUCACAGAGAUCGACUGUUGAGGUUGGUGAAGAGUUUGUCCCCCAAGAUUGUCACUCUUGUGGAGCAAGAGUCCAAUACCAACACAUCCCCAUUCUUUUCAAGGUACCUUGAGACACUGGAUUAUUACACAGCUAUGUUUGAAUCCAUAGAUGUAGCUUGUUCGAGAGAUGACAAGCAGAGGAUCAGUGCAGAGCAGCACUGCGUGGCUCGCGAUAUUGUGAAUAUGAUUGCUUGCGAGGGGCCUGAGAGGGUGGAAAGGCAUGAACUUUUUGGAAAGUGGAGGUCAAGAUUCACCAUGGCUGGUUUUUCUCCAUAUCCAUUGAGUUCCUCAGUUACUAUGGCUGUAAGGGAUCUGUUGAAGGACUACAACAACAAUUAUAGACUUGAAGAGAGAGAAGGGGCUCUCUAUCUUGGCUGGAUAAACAGAGCUAUGGCCACCUCUUCCGCGUGGAGGUGAAAGCCUGAUACCGACAGUGAUGCCAUGAAAAACUAUUAAAUUUUGCGCAAAAUGCUUUUGUUAAGAUUUCUCUUUUAGAGCAUGGGCCUUUAGGGUGUUGUAAAUUAAUAGAAAUAUGAGCUUAGACUUCUUUUGAUAGCUUUUAGUCGAGGGACUUGAAUUGCAAAUAUUUUCAUGUAUAUCACCAUUGUCCAUCUCGAAAUGAAACAAGGAUAGGUUCCAGUUCCAAUGCCA